AAUCAAUCCCCUUCACAAUCAAAAAUGGCCCCUCCCACCGCUUCCUUCACCUCCGCCCCUGCUGCUACCGGGCCUUCGCCCGCCGCGCUCAAGCAGCAAGCGGCCAACAAGCAGAAGACGUUCUCGCUCCCUCGCCAGCACUACGACAUCAAGGCAGGCAAGGAGCCGAAGGAGGACUACGAUGGCAACUUCCAGUUCGCCGAUAUCAAGGAGUCGAUCACCUCUAGGGCCAUGACUGCCCGCUACUACGAGGACAUGAUGAACGCAGCCGUCUCGGAUGUCGUCAUCAUUGGCGCUGGAUCUGCUGGACUGUCGUGUGCCUACAAGCUCGGCAAGGCCAGGCCCGACCUGCGCAUUACCAUCCUCGAGGCUUCGGUCGCCCCUGGCGGUGGCGCUUGGCUCGGUGGCCAGCUCAUGUCGGCCAUGGUCAUCCGCAAGCCUGCGCACAAGAUCCUCGAUGAGCUCGAGGUGCCGUACGAGGACGAGGGAACGCACGUCGUCGUCAAGCACGCCGCCCUGUUCACCUCGACGAUCCUCGCCAAGACGCUGGCUCUCCCCAACGUCAAGCUGUUCAACGCCACCUGCGCAGAGGACCUCAUUGUCAAGAAGGACGCCGACGGUGUUUCGCGCGUCAACGGUGUCGUGACAAACUACACCCUCGUCACGCUUGCCCACGGCCUCCAGUCGUGCAUGGACCCGCAGACGAUGACGGCUCCCGUCGUUGUUUCCUUCUGCGGCCACGACGGCCCCUUCGGUGCCUUUGCCGUCAAGCGUCUUGAAUCGGCUGGCCUGUUCAAGAUCGGUGACAUGGGUCCCAUGGACAUGACCAAGUCCGAGGGCGAGAUUGUCAACAACACUCGCGAGCUCUUCCCCGGCAUCAUCGUCGGUGGUAUGGAGCUGUCCGAGGCCGACUCGCACCCGCGAAUGGGUGCCUCGUUCGCGGGCAUGAUCUCUUCGGGCGUCCGCGCGUCCAUGAUUGCCUCGAAGCUGUUCGACUCGCUCGACUGCGAUGAGUUUGGCGAGGUCCAGGGCGUCCGCACCCAGUGAUUGUGUAAAAUGAAAGCGUCACAUCUCUCAGAAUUUUGAUGCGGCCUUGAGCAUUGAAUUGCACCGAAGGAAGAGAAGUUGCAUGAGAUUUGAGGUUGAGUCGCCUGUGCGCACUCUGCAGUGCAGCAGUACCUAGCAGCAAUAGUGGUGGUG